AUGAAUACAAAAAUUAGAGGACCAGAGGAUUAUGAGGAACAAGGAUUCAAAUUACCGAAAUCUCGCAAUCUAUUGCCAUCGAAGAAAUACCGCGAGAGUGUAUUAAGAUGGGGCGAACCAAGCGAAUUGAAACGAAGACGCGUUAUAAUUGUCCCCUCUAUAAAAUGUCCAGCCAGGGAUAUCUCUGCGACAACGGAUAGCAAAGGUAGGAGAAAAUUAAUACAGGAUACUUGAAAUUUAUAGUGGAGUGAGUCAGGGACAGAAAUGUUUUAAUGUCGCGAGUUUUAUGAAAGAUUAGUAGUUAAUGAGGAGAGCCAAGAUUUUCCUCAUUGUGUGGUGGCGUCAUUUUGCAAAAUCUUGGAUUGUUUUGUGAGCCCACAGUGACAGGAAAUUUGAAAAACAAACCACUUAACAUAGCCUAAGAGCAUUCAUUCAAGCAGCACAUUUGUUUUUUAACCGAUUUAACACCAGCCGCUACGUUUGCCUGGCUUUUCAUUCUGGGAGUGCACAACAUAAAUCAAGGUGAAGUAAAAUAAGUAAUAUUUCUGCUCUAAAAUAGUUAUUUUUAUCUUUUAAAGGCAAGAAACCUCAAGCUGACCCAGAAUCAGAUGGCUUUGCUACCAAAGUGGAAAGUUAUAAGAAGCGAUUAGAGGAACGCAAGAAGGUCAGAGGCAUCUUAAAUAACUGCGGGCUUAGACAGGACUGGCUGACAAACAAGAGUGGAAGAACUGAACUAGAAAGCCGGGUGCUUAAACGGAUGCAACUGAAAGGGCGACCUGAAAUCACCAUCAAAGAAGUAAGUUCUAAAGCAACUGUUUGGGAAACCUCCUGAAACUUCUCACUCUCUGUUUUGGUCAAUACCUUGGACUUCAGUUCAAGGCUUGGCCUAAUAAGACUCAGUCUCUAGCUGUAGGGUUCUUGAUUCACUGGCAAUUCUCCGCACCUUGUGGCUGCUUGCCUCUUUGAGGUGGGGAGAAUUCCUCAGGGUCUAUAAGACACCAAUUAUUAUGGCCCUGCGGAGGGGAGUUAUCAACAAAGUUUUAAUUAAUACGGGUCGGAAGGCUCUGCCACAAGGUCCAACCCCUUUCCCUUUUAUAUACCAUUUUUCAUGAAAAAGGUACCCCUUUCAUAUACCCUCUAUUUACAAAUGGUACCCCUUUCCAUGCUUAUUAUCCCUUUAAACCCAAAGAUCAACAUACAAAUUCUCCACACUGGCAUCCAUACAUUUCGUGAAAGACUGCUUGAGAGAAUUUGUUAAAAGAUCAAAGCAUAUUUCUUUAUUUUAUAUCACGUAAUAAGGUGAUCAUUUUAUUAAUACUCAUAAUCUUUUAGCCUGCGAAGCGCAGACGCAUUUCCGGUCGUCGCUUCUCUCCCUCCGAAGCGACGACCGGAAAUGCGUCUGCGCUUCGCAGGCUAAUAAUCUUUCUACUUGAUUAUAUACUGAUAAUGUAAGGAGAAAAUGGAUUUUGGAUUGCAAGAGACAAAACAUGAAAAAAGGAAUAGCUGCAUCCUAUGUAACUGUAACCAUUAUAAUCCCCAACGUACGGGACACUGAUCCUCAAAAUGACCUGAAGAUUCUUCGGGUGCGCACCAAGAAGAACGAGAUAAUCAUGGCGCCCGAAGGCGGGAGAUAUUUGAUUGUUAUCCAAACAGGAGAUCAACCACAGCAGCAAACAUUUAAAGAUCUUUUAGAGUAACAAGUUGCGAGUUGUCUGGCUUAAUUCUGCUAGAUGGUUUAAUUCUGAAGCAAACACCGGUAUAGAAAGCAGAGGAAAAAAAAUAUUGUUACAACAUAAUUAUUGUAGUCUCCUAAGUUUUUGCAAAGAGCCGAGUUGGAAUAGCAAAUGAAAAUCAACCUUUUUUGUGUGUUAGUUAAAAGAGUUUUGAGAUACUCGUACAAUGCAUAUUGUAGUCGCCAUUACCUCAAGGAAUAGUAAAAGUAGCGGGAGUUUCUUGCUCUUAACAUCAGCAACAACAUUUUUUUACACUGCUUUUAGCUAAGGGACAUGCUCUGGGACAUAGUUUAGUCAAGGAAGAUUGAUCACGUGACCAUUUUUGGUAACGUGCGACACAAGAAAGACUUUUUGCAUGAUAAGGCAUAUCAAAUUAGGUUGACAGAAAUGUCAUGAAUUGAUGGCUUUGAUUGUUCGAUAUUGUGAUCACUCUCCCAACCGACUAAAAGUCAAGUCCAAUCGAGACUUUCUCGGGUACAUUUUGCCUUAACUUGUCCUGAUUGGUUACAUUUUCUUCCACCAAGAGGGAAUAAUAGUGGGCAGAGAGGGGAACGCCCAGUUUAGCCGUUGGGAUGUGUGAAUUCACCAAAGUUAUUUUUAGACCACUUAAACGCUUGAAUUAAUGGAAAGUUGGUUUCUGAAGAGGUCUGUAAAUUUUUGCUCAGUGUUGUCGAGAGAUAAAAAUAAAAUAUUCUACUUUUUUUGCUUUGCGUCAGUCGCGCGUCGACUCACGACGUUUCUAACAAUAUGUGGACUUCCCAGGAAUUACACUUCCAUUUAAUCACAAACUCUGAAAAUAACUUAAAUCAAAUUAUAAAUGAUAUAGCAAGUGCACAGCCGUACGAAAUGAGACACUGGUGACGAGACUUGGCUGAUAUCGCCCCAUGCUCUUUCUCUGCUCUUUCCUAAAAAAAGUUACAAGGACUGUUAAUUUAUUAAAGUUAGUUGCAACAACUACACACAGUGUGAGCAGUAAGUAAAGUGGGCAAGCUUAGCGCAAACUUCGAUUGAACCGGCUAUUCAACAACUAACAAAUCUUCUCCUUUUUAUCACCUAAAUUUGCAUAAUUUACUGUUUUACUUAUUCGCUCGCCACGCUUGGCUAAGAGAAAAGAAGCACUGCCGCUCGCUGUCUACCCCACUUGCAUGAAAACUUUGAUUUCCCUGCAGUCAAGUAAAAAUGAAACUCUAACCAUUUUUUAUUAAACCACGACCAUUAAUUAUUUUGAUUUUUUUAGAGCAAACAAGAAUGAGUUCAUCACCGUGCGUCCAUUAUGGCGCUUGCGCUAAAGAGUGUGAGAUAUACUGUGGGUGGGGAGGGACAAAUCAAAGCUUUCUUCUUCCAUGGCAACCAGCUAACAACAGCCUCAAUCACAAGUAUCCAAUAUGGCGGACGAUGUGUGACUUUUGAUGUUGUGGUUUUUACACUAUUUAGAGGCCUUCUGAUUUCGAUAUUCCUUACUAAAUUCAAUGAAUACAAAAGUCAGAGGACCAGAGGAUUAUGAGGAACAAGGAUUCAAAUUACUGAAAUCUCGCAAUCUACUGCCAUCGAAGAAAUACCGCGAGAGUGUAUUAAGAUGGGGUGAACCAAGCGAUUUGAAACGAAGACGCGUUAUAAUUGUCCCCUCUAUAAAAUGUCCAGCCAGGGAUAUCUCCGCGACAACGGAUGGCAAAGGUAGGAGAAAAUUAAAACAGGAUACUUGAAACUUAUGGUGGAGUGAGUGAGCGACAGAAAUGUCGCGAGUUUUAUGAACGAUUAACAGUUCUACACAUGUACAUUGGUUGUAUACGAGGAGAACCAAAGUUUUCCUUAUUGUGUGGUGGCGUCAUUUUGCAAAAUCCUGGAUUAUCUCGUGAGCCUACAGUGACAGAAAAUUUGAAAAACAAACCACUUAUAUAGCCUAAGAGCAUUCAUUCAAGCAGCACAUUUGUUUUUUAACCGAGGUAACACCAGCUGCUACAUUUGCCUGGCUUUUCAUUCUAGGAGUGCACAACAUAAAUCAAGGUCAAGUAAAAUAUGUAAGAUUUCCUGCGCUAAAAUAGUUAUUUUUAUGUUUUAAAGGCAAGAAACUUCAACCUGACUCAGAAUCAGAUGGCUUUGCUACUAAAGUGGAAAGUUAUAAGAAGCGAUUAGAGGAACGCAAGAAGGUCAGAGGUAUCUUAAAUAACUGCGGGCUUAGACAGGACUGGCUGACAAACAAGAGUGAAAGAACUGAACUAGAAAGCCGGGUGCUUAAACGGAUGCAACUGAAAGGGAGACCUGAAAUCACCAUCAAAGAAGUAAGUCCUAAAGCAGCUGUUUGGCAAACCUUCUGAAACUUCUUACUCCCCGUUUUGGUCAAUACCUUGGACUUUAGUUCAAGGCUUGGCCUAGUAAGACACAGUCUCUUGCUGUGGGGUUCUUGAUUCACUGGCAAAUCUCUGCGCCUUGUGGCUGCUUGCCUCUUUGAGGUGGGGAGAAUUCCUCAGGGUCUAUAAGACACCAAUUAUGGCCCUGCGGAGGGGAGUUAUCAACAAAGUUUUAAUUAAUACGGGUCGGAAGGCUCUGCCCUAAGGUCCAACCCCUUUCCCUUUUAUAUACCAUUUUUCACGAAAAAGGUACCCCUUUCAUAUACCCUCUAUUUACAAAUGGUACCCCUUUCCAUGCUUAUUAUCCCUUAAACCCAAAGAUCAGCAUACAAAUUCUCCACACUGGCAUCCAUACAUUUCUUGAAAGACUGCUUGAGAGAAUUUGUUAAAAGAUCAAAGCAUAUUUCUUUAUUUUAUAUCACGUAAUAAGGUGAUCAUUUUAUUAAUACUCAUAAUCUUUCUACUUGAUUAUAUACUGAUAAUGUAAGGAGAAAAUGGAUGUUGGAUUGCAAGAGACAAAACAUGAAAAAAGGAAUAGCUGCAUCCUAUGUAACUGUAACCAUUAUAAUCCCCAGAUAAAAAAGAUUGUGGGAAAUAUUUAGCUUACAGUGCCACUUCUAAAUACUGUUUUUAAAUUGCUCUCAUAAAGGCACCUACUCCUCCCCCAGCGAUUGAAGAGGACACCUCUAUAACUGGAGAGGAUAGAGGUGUGCCAACCAUCCACCACCCCUCCCCUGCUGCAUUGGCUGUUAUACAGGAAUACUUAGAGCACAAGAGAUUGCGUCUGCUGGACCUGUUUGCUCAAGCUGAUAAAGACAAAAACUGGGCGGUGUCUCGGCAAGAGUUUAGGAACAUCAUCCGGUCAUGGAAGAUCCCACUGACUGAAGCUGAUCUGGAGGAUUUGAUCAUUGUCUUGGACAGAGACAACAGUGAUGCUUUGGAUUACAGGGAGCUGGCUGUGGGAAGACAAUCUUACUUGGAGGAAAGGUCAGCAAUAAAUAUGCAUUUUUGCCUAAGCGUGAGGUCAGUAUUGGCCAAGUUUUCUUCAAGUUUUUAUGGACUAAGACAAAGGUCCAUCUUGCCCUAUUGAUAGACAGUCAGAACACUGGUUUUGUUCCAUCUUGCUUGCUCACCAAAUUUCAAUAGUGUGUCUGACUGAGCAUUUGGUCAAACAACAUUUCGCUUCCAGUCCAUAAAAACACUAGCAGAUAAAGAAAAGGGCUGAUGCCAUAUCACUGUCAGUGAUGCCUUCGUUACAAGCAAUGUCCCUCUUUGUCAAGAUUCCCAAAAUUGAGCAAAACAUGUAAGGUCUAAUAUUUCCACUCCUAUGUGAGUGUUGUUCCUUAAACUAAGUCCAGAAGGCUUCAAUUUGAAGUGACUUAUGAUUAAAAAUUUAUGAAUAAUACUUUCAUCACUGCAGGGUUACCAAGCAGACAGCUGAGUUUGUCCAAAAUCCCACAACUAAGUCAACAAAGAGACCAGAAACUAUCCCAGAAGAACCAGAACCCAGCCAAGACCCUUCUCAGGAAAAGGGAACACAGAGGUCAGGGUCUCCCCAGAUGCCCCCUUUGCCUCAAAGACCUCCCUCAGCCCCAAAGUCCCCCUCGCCAAGGAGGCCCUCAACGUCACCGCUGAGACCCCACUCGCCAUCUUCAGGCAUGAUGGCGCCAGCGGCUGCAGCCUUUGUUGGCCACCGACCAGAUUCUGAACCACAAAUGAAAGGAGCACGCCCAGUUUCACCAACUGGUACACAUAGUAGCGGUAGCAUGUCCCCUACUUUGUUAGAAAUUCCAGCCUUUCAGUUGUCAGAAAAGGUGGAGCAGUUAACAGAGGAUGAGGUGAGGGUUCAUUGACGCGAUUGAACUUCUACUUUAAGAAAAACUAAAACGUGAUAAGUUUUUGUAAGUCGUCACGUACAGCUCUCUCUCACAGUGAAAAAAAAAAGAAAAGAUCUUAGCCUACGUAGCAGGCAGUUUUUUGGUGCGUUUUUCGUUCGUGUUUCGUAAAGUACAUGUAAGAGGUCAAAAGAGGAAGCAAAGGGGCAGUGGGUGAGAGAAAUAAGGCAAAGAGAAUGGCUUUUUCCCCUUGCCCUUUGCUCCCUCCCCUAUCGUUUUCUCGUUUGACCUCUGUUUAUCUUUCGUGCGGCUUUUUCUCUUCUUUUACUAACCACAAAAGGAAAACACACCAGAAAACCCGGCAGCUACACAGGCUAUACACACAAUGGAUAAAACAAGAUUUCGUUGACUGCUCAACGUGUCUAAUUUUUCAAUAAUAAAUUUUUUGCGUAGUUGCCACUAAAUUUGUAGAUAAACCUGCCAGGUGGGUAAGUAAAAGCACGAGAAAUCGGAGUAUUAAGGAGAGAGAGUAAGAAUUGGGGGAAAGAGGAUGUUUAUCCUACUAGUUUUCGCGUGUACUAAAUUUCCCGACAAUUUGAAAGCUGUGUUUCGCGAUUGUUUAAUUUCGAACCAAAGAGACUGAAAUUCUUUUGAUUCUUCAAUGUUAUGGUCUUAAGGCAGCUAAUAAAAUUCUGGAGUUUAUAUUUGUUUCGCUCGUAAGAAUUUCACUUCUAUCAUGAAGAGAUUACUUGAUCACCGACGGAAGUUCGAAGACAAGGGGACUGAACAACGGGUUGGAAGUAGGGGUUUCGAAGUUUAUUAUUUUUAAUUAAAACCUGUAAGUAUUUUCGUGGCAGAUAAAAAAGAGACGCUCGAAAAAGCAGCAAAAACGAAAAGAGAAAGAAAAAAAGCAACGGAAGAGAGUCGCACCAGAAAAAGCAACUGUGGCGCCCUCCACCAUGGGGGGUAGGCUAGGGGAGAUGGUAGACCGCUAUCGUAGGAUGACGAUGAAAGAGUAUAAUGAUGUUGUGGAAAUGUGUCAAAUGCACGGAGUACCAGUUAGCAAGGCUGUGUUGGGAAAAGGUAAGGCUGUGUAGGCCUGUUCAUUUCUUAACCCUUUCACUGCCAAAUGUGGCCAAAGGCAAAUUUCGACCAAAUUUCCAAAUCUCAUUUCCUAAAAUUUUGACAAACAAAUAGCAUCAUGUGAAAGUACAGGCAGAGAGCUUUCAUUUGAAUGGUCACAUCAUAGGCUUUCGUCCACACGCUCAAAAGUUAGAGUCGCCUUACAAAACCCUAUCAAACUCUAUGGCAGUGAAAGGGUUAUAAGAAUAUGGCCGGUUUUAUUGACCAAGCAGCAGUCCAUUUGAUGCAUUGGUCAAUUCUACCAGUUGCAUUCCCGCCCCCGGGCAUAUACCCCUGGGAUUUGUUACUGUUCCCCAUCUCCCGGCACAGAGAAGAGGGAAUCUAUCUUCUUCCCAGGGACUCUCCAUUACCGUCCUCAAAUAGAUCGUUUGUAAAUAUAGAUCAGAUCAAUAUAAUAUAGCUGGAAGCCAUGUUUACACAGCGGCGAAAACAUAAGCAAAAGGCUCGUGUAUAGAACGUUUUCACUCACGUGGCCUGCAGCAAAUUUAUUGGAACAAAAGAAAGAUUUUUCAAAAGGAAAAAGAUUCAACUUCCACAGGACUGGUUUGGAUCAUCAACAUGGCCGCCGUUUCAUUGUUUUGGAACAAAAAUAUUGCGGACGUGACGUCAUGUGAAAACGCUCUGUAUGCAGGCGCAGUAGUGUGCCAAUUACCAGUGCCUUUCGUUUGUCAACAUGUUACUCGGGCCAGUGAAAGAGCCAUAAUUAUGGCUCUUGGCCAGCGUUGACUGCUUGCAGAGAAUGUCACUGGGGAUACAAAGGCUGAAAGCGAUACGUUUGGCGGGGUGGAACUAGCCUGCGCUGCGUAGUAGGUGCAUGUAAGUAAGAAAGAACGAGGCGCGCGAGGGAGACAAGCGAGUACAGAGGGAGCUCCCUCUCGCCUCGCGUGUCUCCCUCGCACGUCCCGUUCUUUCUGGCACCCAUUACUUUCAAGCGCCUGCCAUGCAGGUGAGGAUGGAACAGAGAACUAAACGAAGGAUUUCUGACUAUUUUUCUUUGUAUGUUUUAUUUCAGUUCUUCUUCAUCCAGAAGAUAAACCGCUGUCUAAGAUAAAACUGACUGCGCGGAGACCUGGGCUUUUUUCAAUAACAGCCAGACACCACAUUCCAGCCACUAAGCUCCAGUCUUCCACGGUUGCUAGCAACCCACGGCGUCCUAAGUUUAGAGACCCGGGCCCAAGCAGCUGA